CAUGUAAGGUAAAGCUACCAGUGGUUGAGUAUCAUGGCCGCCGAAUGGUGUAUACCUAUGUGAUAGCAGAUAAUAUAUUUCUAUUUUAAACAAAUCACAACUGUGAAGUCCCCAAACAAGUUCUUAAGAUAUGUCUGCGUCUAUGUCUACACCCCAGACCUCAACCUCUGAUGUCCAGGAACAUGUUGUCAGAGUACCAAGAGAAAGAAAAAAGAAGUACAGCAUGAUGAAGAUCGGAAGUGGUGUGGACCUUGACUUUGUGAAACUUCAGCAGGCACAGACUUCAGUGAGGAUAGAGAGAGAAAACAACUUCAAGGAAUUUAAGAGUGCUUAUGACAUUGACACCAUGCCCAAGUUUGGCGCUGGGAGUGAGUUUGGUCGGGAACAGAAGGAGGAAGCACGGAGGAAGAAGUAUGGGAUCAGAGUGAAGAAGUAUAACCCGGAGGACCAGCCAUGGAUGCUGAAGAUAGGCCAGGGAAAAAAUAUGAAGAAAUACAAGGGUGUGCGUGAGGGAACGAUUGCUGACAACACAUCAUACUACAUCUUCACAAAGUGUCCUGAUGGAGCGUUUGAGGCAGUGCCGGUCGAGGAGUGGAACAAUUACACCCCGCAGAUCAGAUACAAGUACCUCAACUCUGAGGAGGCAGAGGAAGAGUUUAGUCGGAGAGACAAAACUCUGAACUACUUCCACAUCAUGGUGAAGAAGCGCUUACGCAAUGACGUAGUGGAUAUGGACGAGGAAGCUUCUGAGAAGGUGCCCAAGGGCAGCAAGCGGAAAGGGAAGGAGUUUAAACUGACGGAUCAGGAUGACUGGGCUGAAUUGUCUGACGAUGAUGAAGAGGAAGAUGAGGAUGGAGAGGAUGGUGAUGCUGCAAAGAAGAAACCUAAGAAAGGCAAGGGAAAGUCUGACCCAAAGAGGAAAAAAAAUGCGAAACACAAUUCUGAUGAUGAGGCUAUCGAGGAGAGUGAUGAAGGGGACUUUGAUGACAGGGAGGUGGAUUACAUGAGCGACUCAGGCAGUGAGUCUGAGGUGGAAGACAAGGAGAAGGCAGAUAAGUAUGAGGAGAAGGGAGUGGAUGAGGAGGCUGGGCUGAGAAAACUUAUUGACUCGGGCGAGGAAGAUGAAGACGAAGAUGAGAACAAGGAAGAAGAGAAUGAUGAUGAGAAGGAGAAAGAUAGCAAGGGCAAAAAGACUGGUACUGACAGCGACAGUAGCAGCUCAAGCUCCGACAGUGACUCAGAUAUAGAGAAGGACGACAAGCUCUCCUCAGCUCUGUUCAUGCAGAAAGGCUCGGAGAAGAAAAAAGGUGAUAAAACAGCAUCUCCAAAACCUGAUGAAAGAGGAGUGAAGAGGAAGAUGGAUGGAGAGUCAUCAUCCGUGAAGAAGUCCCGGACAGACAGUCCUCUCACGACACAGGGCAGUGGAGGAUCUAGCGAGGGUAUAACAGAAGAUGCCAUUCGUCGGUACCUCAUGCGGAAACCAAUGACAACAAAAGAUUUACUGCAGAAGUUCCGAUCUAAGAAACUGAACAUGACAAAUGAACAGAUGACUCACACUAUUGCCCAGUUGCUUAAAAAAAUCAACCCGGACAAGAAAAUUAUCAACAAAGUCAUGUAUCUCUCUUUAAAAUCUGACUGAGAGUUGGUAGUGUGGCAUUACUGGUUCUGUGCUGGUCCGGCUAUACUGGAGCUGUGCUGGUCCGGCAUUACUGGACCUGUGCUGGUCCGGCUAUACUGGAGCUGUGCUGGUCUGGCAUUAAUGGAGCUGUGCUGGUCCGGCAUUACUGGACCUGUGCUGGUCCGGCAUUACUGGAGCUGUGCUGGUCAGGCAUUACUGGCGCUGUGCUGGUCUGGCAUUACUGGCGCUGUGCUGGUCCGGCUAUACUGGAGCUGUGCUGGUCCGGCAUUACUGGAGCUGUGCUGGUCCGGCAUUACUGGACCUGUGCUGGUCUGGCUAUACUGGAGCUGUGCUGGUCCGGCAUUACUGGAGCUGUGCUGGUCUGGCAUUACUGGACCUGUGCUGGUCCGGCUAUACUGGAGCUGUGCUGGUCUGGCAUUACUGGAGCUGUGCUGGUCCGGCAUUACUGGACCUGUGCUGGUCCGGCUAUACUGGAGCUGUGCUGGUCCGGCUAUACUGGAGCUGUGCUGGUCCGGCAUUACUGGAGCUGUGCUGGUCCGGCAUUACUGGACCUGUGCUGGUCCGGCUAUACUGGAGCUGUGCUGGUCCGGCAUUACUGGAGCUGUGCUGGUCCGGCUAUACUGGAGCUGUGCUGGUCUGGCAUUACUGGAGCUGUGCUGGUCCGGCAUUACUGGACCUGUGCUGGUCUGGCAUUACUGGACCUGUGCUGGUCUGGCAUUACUGGCGCUGUGCUGGUCCGGCAUUACUGGAGCUGUGCUGGUCCGGCUAUACUGGAGCUGUGCUGGUCCGGCAUUACUGGAGCUGUGCUGGUCCGGCUAUACUGGAGCUAUGCUGGUCCAGCAUUAUUUGGUCAAUGCUACCCCAGCAUUGAUGUCCUUUCGACUAGGUCCAGCAACUUUGGCUGGUGAUGUCUCUGCCUGAUCUUCAAUAAGAAAUCAUCUACGACAAGGUGACCUGCACAACCAAAAGAGCAAGGUUUGAGACAGUGAUGACAAGAGGAGGACUACAAUACUCAGCAUGACGGUUGACCCCUGCAGCUUUGGUACAGAAGGAAUUCGUCACUUGUUUUUCCCCAGCAGCAGUACAGUGUUUUACACUGCCAGUGUACAUAUGUAAAUAAACAUUUUAUUCCCAA